AUGAUCGUCCCUCUUUCAACAACUCUUCUUGCUGCUUCUGUCUUGACUGCAUCUCCGACUGCUCUCAGGCGUGCCGUGCAACAGCUUGAUCAAGCUGCAUUCGAAGAAGCUCAGGUCCGAGAUGAUACAGCUACACGGGCAUUUUCCGACACGGCAAUCAAGACUUCUGGCGGAAAAUGUCUCUCAGUCGAUCAAUUGUCCGGGGACUUCCGAGCAAAUCUUACGCCUGUUCAGGUAACUGCUUGUAACAGCACUGAUGGUCAGAAAUGGGACAUUAUCACCAGUGGUAAACACAACAACCAAAAAAGAGCUAUGCUGGUUGUCAGUACUCUGACACAAGCCUGUCUUAACUUUGAUCCUCGUCGCGCCGCUGGAAACCAAGUCAAUCUCUUUUCGUGUGGUGGGCGUGCCGAUGGUGGUGGUGAACAAACCGAUUCUCAAAUUUUCGAUUUUGCGGGUGGUGCUGGUCCUUUGGCACUUGCGCUCAAGAACGAUGCCGGAAGCUGCUUGGCAGUCAAGGGAAACGUCCUCGAUCAAGCCUCUUGUUCUGAAGGCGAUGCGACGCAGUCUUUUACUUUUGGCUAG